GGAGAUGCAGGGAAGCUGCUGCUGCUGCUGCUGCUGCUGCUGCUGAGUCGUGAUUAGGAGCUCAACAUGGCGAACUGGAUCAUCAACCAUGGACUUACAACAUUCAUACUGGUGAUCUGGAUGGCCCUCAACAUCUUCUUAUUCACCUGGUAUUACCAUAUCUACGCUUUGAGGGAUGAGUUUUACUACACGCGUUAUAUUUUGGGGGACGCCUUGGCCUGGGCCAGAGGCUCUGCAGCCGUCCUCAACUUCAACUGCAUGCUGAUCCUCCUGCCGGUGUGCAGGAACCUGCUGUCGUUUAUCCGAGGCUCCUUAGUGUGUUGCAGCAGAACAAUGAGGAAACAACUGGACAAAAAUCUGAGUUUCCACAAGCUGGUGGCGUACACGAUCGCUCUGAUGACAGCCGUGCACAUGAUCUCUCAUCUGUUCAACGUGGAGCGGUACAACGACAACAGACGAAAUAAAAACGAUAAGCUUGGCAUGGCUCUGGCCAUACUGGCAGACUUAGAAAACACCACCUACCUGAACCCCAUCCGCAACAUAGACACUGAUCCGCAGCAAACCCCGACAUACUUUGUCUUCACCAGCAUCGCUGGCCUCACAGGGGUCAUCAUCACUCUGUCCCUCAUCCUCAUCAUCACCUCCUCCAUGGAGGUCAUCAGACGCAGCUACUUCGAAGUCUUCUGGUACACCCACCAUCUCUUCGUCAUCUUCUUCCUUGGUCUCGUGAUCCACGGAGUUGGAUAUAUUGUGAGGAAGCAAGACGAAACACAACGGCACAACCCCACCUUCUGUCGAACUCGAAGUAGCGAUUGGGGUGGAAUUACUGAGUGUCCCGUCCCUCAGUUUUCAGGAGGACCGGCAAUGACCUGGUAUUGGGUGAUCGGUCCAAUGAUCCUGUACCUCUUUGAACGUCUGCUGCGUUUCAUUCGUUACAUGCAGGCAGUCACAUACAGGAAGAUUGUGAUGCAUCCGUCCAAGGUGCUGGAGCUGCAGCUGAUGAAGAACGGUUUCAAAAUGGAGGUGGGCCAGUACGUCUUCCUCAACUGCCCGGCCAUCUCCCAGCUGGAGUGGCACCCGUUCACCAUGACCUCCGCCCCCGAGGAGGACUUCUUUACCGUCCACAUCCGCUCGGCCGGGGACUGGACUGACAAACUUAUUGACAUCAUGCAGCAGCUACCAGAGGGCACACAGGGACCCAAAAUGGGUGUGGACGGCCCUUUUGGCACCGCCAGCGAGGACGUUUUCGAAUACGAGGUCAGCAUGCUGGUGGGGGCAGGCAUCGGAGUCACUCCCUUCGCCUCCAUCCUCAAAUCCAUCUGGUACAAGUUCAAAAUCUCCAACCCUAAACUGCGCACCAGAAAGAUCUACUUUUAUUGGAUCUGCCGGGAAACACAUGCCUUUGAAUGGUUCGCCGACCUCCUGCAGGUGCUGGAGAAAGAGAUGGAGGAGAGAGGGAUGGGGGAUUUCCUCACCUACAAACUCUAUCUGACCGGGUGGGAUCAAGGCCAUGUAACUUAUAUCAAGGUUCACUCUGGCGAGGAGACCGACGCGGUCACUGGGCUCAAACAGAAAACUCACUACGGCAGACCGGUCUGGGACAAGGAGUUCGAACAAGUCCGCAAAGAGAACCCCUCGUCUGUGGUGGGAACCUUCUUGUGUGGCCCUGCAGUUCUAGCAAAAGUCUUGUCAAAGAAAUGUGCCAAAUACUCAGAUGUGGAUCCCCGGAAGACCAAAUUUUACUUCAACAAGGAGAAUUUCUGAGUGGAAAAUACAAUCAAGGAAACGUGGACAUUUUGAACGUCAACAGUUUCUGUA